AUGUUAUAAGCACAUUUAAACUUUGAUAAUUUGAGUAAUAACUAUAGUUUACCUAAGAUUAAAUCAUUAGAUUUAUUAAAACCUGUAUCUUUAAAAGCAAUGAAUAAUUUUCAAAUACAAGAUCAUAAAUUUUUAUAACCCUAAGUGAAACAGAAAAAAUUAGAAUUAAAAUAGGUGCUGUAGUAAUUGAAUAAUAAAAAUAACUUUAAUUUUUAAUUACAUAAUUACAAUAAAACACCAACAUUUGAUAAGGAAAUCCCUAAUAAAAUACCAAAAAUAAAACUUAAAAUAAUACCUAGAGAAGAAAAUGAUUCUAAAUUAAGUUUGGAUAAAUUUACAUUUAAAGAUCCAAAUACUCCUCGACCAAAUAGGAUUUUUAUGAAAAAAAAAGAAUUAGAUAAUUAAUAAUUAAAAAACUUGAGUAUGAAUGGGAAAGUAUCUCUAAAAAUGAAAACACAAUAAAUGGAAUAAUUAAAGAGCAUAUAAUCUACAGUUCUCUAUUAUUUAUCAAAAUAAACUGAUAAAUUAGAUCAUCAUUUUGAUUAACUUGAAAAUUAAUUAGUAUUUUGA